CGAUCUUAAUGUAGCCGUGUGAAAAAUGAUAGCCUGCACUCAUCAUAACUCAAUCAUGUAGAUUCCGGUGAAGAUCACAUGGAGACAUGUCUUAAAUGAUUCAUCAUGUGUCUUGAUUUCUUUGGCAGCUGGUUUUGACUUGGAAGCGAUGAACGACACAUGGAGUGUCAUGUUGUAGCCAUUUCCUAGAAUUGAUGUGGUUGAAGGAGGAGGAGCUGAGUUUAAUGGUUGAGAUUAGGGGAGAAGUGUGGAACUAAUCGUCGUCUCUUUCCACCUCAGAAGUGGAUGGCAGGACACCAAAUCCCAAGGCCACUCCCUUCUAAAUGACUCUCUCAUUAUUAUUACACCUCCGGUGUCUGCGUCUCUUGGUGCAGCACUUUCUCGUCCUGUCCCUCUCACCUCAUCCGUGCUCCCAGUGCAAUAAGAGCUUGAACAGUGUUGUCGCUUCUCUCGAAGAUUUCUUCUACUGAUCGGCUCCAUUAGCUUUGCUUUCUCUGUUGAAGACGAAAUCUAGAGAGGAAGAGUUCGAUUCAUGGAAUAUAAAGACCAAAUUGUUGUUGAUGAUGAUGAUGAUGAUGAUGAUGAGAUGCGUUCAUCCACAGCUUUGAGUUUCAACGCUCGUCCUCCCAUUAGAGGAUCUGCUUUCUCCAAACCUGUACUCUCUCCUUCUUCCUCUUUAAUCUCCCUAAGAGGAGGAGGAGGAAAUGGAAGUGGCACAUCAACUGCGGAGAAUGUUAGCCUCUUUGGAAGCACCACACCGUCAUCAACAGCUGCAGCGGUGGAUGUUUUGUAUCAGUCUGCUGCAAGGAACACAGAUCCAGCUCCGGUCAGCGGUGCAACUGCGCCGAGUAACACCAAGGCCGCUGCAUCAGCUUCUAUCAGGUACCGAGAAUGCCUCCGCAACCACGCGGCUUCCAUCGGUGGCCACGUUCUCGAUGGCUGCGGCGAAUUCAUGCCGGAGGGCGACCCGUCCUCGCCGGAGGCGCUGAAGUGCGCGGCCUGCGGCUGCCACCGCAGUUUCCAUCGGAAGGAGGCCGAAGGCGACGCCGCCGCCGCCGACUCCUACUACCGCGGCGCCGCCCGUGUUCCUCUCCUCCUCCCUCCUCCCCCCCAUCCCCAAUCCCAGCACCAUAACCACUACCAGAAGCAAUUCCAAUUCGGUACUCCCACCACCCCGUCCUCCGGCAUCGUGGCGUUCGGUGGCAACGCCAGCGGGAGCGGAGGGACGACGGAGUCUUCGAGCGAGGAACGGAUGACUGCCGGGGCGCCGACCCCGGCGACCACGCCGAGGAAGCGGUUCCGGACCAAGUUCACUAUGGAGCAGAAGGAGAAGAUGCUGGCUUUCGCGGAAAGGAUGGGAUGGAGGAUUCAGAAGCAAGACGAGGGAUUGGUGGAGCAAUUCUGCGCCGAGACUGGGGUGAGGAGGCAAGUCUUGAAGGUCUGGAUGCACAACAACAAGCACUUGAUCAGGAAGCCACAGCAACCACCGGGGCAGGAUGAAGUAGUACUGCCGCAGCAACACCAGCCGCACUCCUCGUCGCAACAAUCGCAGCAGCAGAUGUGAUGGCCAUGAGAUCGUAGGCGGAGGCAGGGUACUGAAACAUCUGCGUUCGAAUUCUUGGUUUGCAUCUGCAUUACUGUUGUCAUCAACUUAACUUGCUUAGAUGUAUCGCUACUUAGUUCUCGGUGUGAUCAUAAGCCCGCCCAUUUCCUCAUUCAUUCACCAUGAGGUUGGUAUAGCAAAAGGGUUGAUCGACCAUAUGAGAGCUUUGGAACCGUUCCUUUGCUUUUCUUGUUUGUGGUUUGGGCGGAGGAGAAGCUGAUGCGGUCAAAGAACUUGUGGAAAUUUCUUCCUCCAUCAACUCCACGUUUCAACAUUUCCUGCGCACAGGAAGAAGAGUUCACAAGUGCAUGGCAUGAAUGAUCGACGACUAUGUUGUUGUCAUCUCACAGCAUCACACUCGGACCCUAAUGUCGGCACCGAACAGGUAUCACUCUCGUGUACAACAUGAUCACCUGCUUGCUACGGCUCUCUCUCUCUCUCUCUCUCUCUCUCCUAAUCUUGCAGAUCCAUCCAUGUCGUUUUCUCUUGUUUCUGUGUCGAGUUUUGCAUCAUGCCCGUCCUCGUUUCUGUUGCACUAAAGAUGCAUGGAUGAGGCCACAUUGGCAGUUUCACUUUUGCUGGACAUCUUGUCUUUUUCUUGAAGUUGAUUCCACCGAUGAUAGCAUUGGGAUAAGAUCAGAAAUUAAAGCAA